GUAUAAAACCGGACCUGCCAUGUUGGCUGCUCUGUGGCGGGGUCACAAGUGAACCGUCUGCAGCUGUUCUUCGCCUCCGAGGUCGCGCUCCGCCAAAAUGACCACGGUAAUGCGAUGUUGUUAUUGGGCCGUGUACGCGCUGUGUCUCCCUCUUCACCUGAUGCACGCCGUCGGUCUGUGGGACAUGUACAAACGCGUCUUCCCGUUCUGCGUUCACCGGAUCUCUGUGACGUACAACAAGAAAAUGCACGACAAGAAGAAGGAGCUGUUCCGCAGCCUGCCGGAGUUCCGCGGCUCCGACCGUCCGCUCACCAUCCUGGAGAUCGGCUGCGGCACCGGGACUAACUUCGAGUUCUACCCUCCCGGCAGCAGGGUGAUCUGCACCGACCCCAACCCUCACUUCCAGAAGUACCUGCAGGAAAACAUGGGCGCCAACGAGCACCUCACGUACGACAGGUUCGUGGUGGCAUCGGGGGAGGACAUGGGGUCAAUCGAGGACGGGUCGGUGGACGUGGUUGUCUGCACCCUGGUGCUGUGCUCUGUCACCAGCGUACAGCAAACCCUGCGGGAGACCCACCGCAUGCUGAGGCCUGGUGGCGCCUUCUUUUUCAUGGAGCAUGUCGUCGCAGACCCCUCGACCUGGACAUACUUCUUCCAGAACGUUUUUCAGCCUUUGUUGUGCUACUUAUUUGAUGGAUGCAACGUCAACCGUAGUACAUGGAAACUCCUGGAGGCGGCUGAAUUCUCUGAGCUCAAACUCCGACACAUUGAAGCUCCACUCAUCUUUGUAAUCAAACCGCACAUCAUAGGCUACGCUGUUAAAUAGAUUCUGUCUGAUCAGCCUCGUAGUGAUCCUCCCUCACAACCACCGUAUGAAUAUGCCAAGCCUAUAAUGCCUGUCCUCAACUAUAGUGUGUGUGUGUGUGUGUGUGUGAUAUUAUUGAUCCCCAGUGACAGAGAGAAUGGCUCGUUUUAUUUUUGCACUAAAAGUUGCACUAAAUUGAUUUAUUUGUUAGAAGUCUUGCGCAAAAACUAAGCCAAUUUCAACCAAACUUGGAGGAGGAAUGGAACACAUGCCACUAUUCAACUUUUUCAUUUGAGGGGAAGUUAUGAUUCGCAUUAGAACAGAUGUGUUUGCGCUGUUGUGUUGCUAUGUUACAAGUGUUAUCUGUCAAGAGAGCCUUUAAGUCAGGGAAUGUGAGCUAAUAUUAGAAGUGGAAAGCUCGGGCGAGGACGUUACUCUUUGACUUGGCCGAGAUGACCACAAGCCAGUAUGACCAUUAAUGAAGUGAAACCAUCAUUUUCGGGGGGGGAAAUGUUUUGGAUAAGAGUAUUAAGAGAGGAAACAUUCUGUAUUAGAGUGGAAUGCCACUUAAACGUAAGUGAAGAGACGUAUUGUACCUCACAAACAUAUAAUGUUUCAGUGGGCUGACAUGUAUGAGUAUAAAUCAUUUGGUGCGGCUCUAAAUAAAAAUCUGAAUUGAGCAGAUUAUAUUAUUUUUGUAGUGGGGGGGGGGCUUUUUUCAGCUAUAUAACACAAUGUUAAGUUUAUUUCUCUCGAGCAGAUCCAGAGUAACAUAUGCUACAUUGGUUUUCAUGUCCACUGGUAUUGACUGUUUCUAUGUUUUAUGACAAAAAUAUAAAUUUAGCUUAUCAGAGCAUUUUCUUUCAUCUUAAUUUCUACUUUAGGAACUAGACAAUCGUGUGUAGGGUUGUUUGGCCUUGGUAGUGUUAUGCAAAGACAUGCUUUUAGUAUAGCUCACAAUACUAAUUUUGUAUGCAAUUUAGAAAAUAUAUACCUUGAAAUAUAUCUUUUUUGAUCUUCUAUGCUCAUCAUUCCUCAUCUCUGCUGAUAAAUCAGUCUGAUGCUGCCUCGGUGAACUUCUCUCUGUCAGUGUUUAUCUCUGCUACUGCUGGAUUUACUGCCUUAAUGGUGCCUCUGAUAUAUACAUUUUGUUGUGACUAAAGUGGUUGUCGUGUCAAAAUGUUACAGAUUAAAGAUUUGAACCCA